AUGGCCUCUGAUGCGACUCCGACCGCGAUAGAGUGGUAUCCCGCCAAGCUGCUGCAAAGCCGCGAGACCGCGCCUGCGUUUGCGCUCGUCGUCCUCAACCAGCCCUUGCGCAAUGGUACCAAUCUACGAAGACUCUGGAGAAACUCUUCAAUUCGGGUCGCAGCAGACGGAGGUGCGAAUCGCCUGAAGGACCUCUCCUCCUUCGAGGGCAAAUUCUCUAACCUCCAGGUCAUCAUCGGAGACCUCGAUUCCCUCAACCCCGCCGUCCGCGACUUCUACACCUCCCAGCCGACGCCCGCCCAAAUCAUCCACGACUCGUCCCAAUACUCGACCGACUUCGGUAAGGCCAUCAAGCACGUGCGCGACAAGUACCCGACCGGCAUCGACAUCGUCGCCCUCGGCGGCAUCGGCGGCCGCGUCGACCAGGGGCUCAGCCAGCUCCACCACCUGUACCUGUUCCAGCAGGACCGCACCUACGGCGACGGGCGCAUCUUCCUGCUCUCGGGGUCGAGUCUGACGUUCCUCCUUAAGGCGGGGUCGCAUCGGAUCCAGGUCCGCGAGGACGGCGAGGAGGCCGUCUUCGGCAAGCACGUCGGCAUCAUCCCGCUCAAGGAGCCGAGCCGGAUCUCGACUAAGGGGCUCGAGUGGGACGUGACGGACUGGGAGACGCAGAUGGGGGGCAACCUGAGCACGAGCAACCAUGUGCUCCCGGACACGCGGUGGGUGCAGGUGGAGACGGACAAGGACGUCUUGUUCACGAUAGCGCUGAAGCAUAUUGACGGCGAGAACGACGGGUGGAGGGAGUAG